UCAAGUUUCACGAUCGUAAUGUUCGUUUUCUGGUGUAAUUUUGCGUUUUUGAGUUGGGUGGCCAUGAAUUGUGCCAUGAAUUACAACGGUGCAUCCAUUAGGGAGGUGGCCGACGACGUGUUGGUGCAAGGCGAAGGGCCGUUUUGGGAUUCUGAGAACAACGUCUUAUAUUUCGUUGAUAUUUCUCAACACCGCGUUUACAGAUUUUUCCGAACCAAUUUGGAUCACGUCCAGCUAGAUGAAGAAGUCAGUUUUGUGAUCCCUGUUGCUGGACAACAAGGUUUAUUCGUUACCGGGCUAGGCACCACAUUGGCUAGUCUCCGAUGGAACCUCCUCGAAAAUACCCACAAAGUCAUUGCUCUGGCUAUCGUUGACCAAGAAAAAAUCGGAAAUCGGUGGAACGAUGCCAAGGCGGACGUAAAUGGUUAUUUGUGGGCCGGUACGACGGGAUUCAAGGACGCCAAAGGUCAUGUACCACCAGGUCGCGCAACUUUGUACAGGUUGAACGAUACCGAAUGUUUCCAAAAUCUCGAUCCCGUGCUUCCAGGUAUUACCAUUUCUAACGGGAUAGCGUGGAACAACGAUAGCACGCGGAUGUACUACAUCGAUUCUCCGACCAGACAAAUAGCACUUUUUGACUACGAUUCCGCUACAGCGACCAUUUCGAACCGCAGAACGUUCUACGACUUUAAGAAGGAUAACAUACCUGGCGUCCCUGACGGAAUGACGAUUGACGCAAACGGCAAUCUUUGGAUCGCCAAUUAUAACGGUUCUCAGGUAUUGCACGUGGGUGGCACCAGUGCAAAGUUGCUCGGCAAGCUGAAUAUACCUGCAAAAAUAGUUUCAUCAGUCACGUUCGGUGGUCCUCGGUUGGACAAGUUGUACGUGACGACAAUUAGUCUAGGUGUGACGCCAGAAGAAUUAAGCGAAUAUCCUAUGACCGGAAAGGUGUUAGAAGUGUCUGGUCUUGGUGUUCAUGGUACAAAAAAUCGUCGAGUUCGUGAAAAAUGUUUUCGACUUUUAUAAAAGUUUAUUGGUGGUUUUAGCUAAGUAAUAUAAUAAUCAAGUGUCUAUGGUAGUAUGGUGGAUGUAUAGUAUGAUGUACACGCUAUUACAAUUAAUGAAGUAACUAUAUCAAUUACCUAUGUAGGUACUAAUAAUUGUCUUAAUUAUUAUAAGCUAACUUUUUUUUGAAUUUCAAUCCU